CUCCAUCUUUUCAUCACAAUCCAAAAGUCUCUCUCUCUAUUUCUCUCUCUUUACAGUUUUCUCUCUAACGGCGAAGCAAUGGGUUUUCCGGUGGGCUAUUCCGAGCUCCUACUCCCAAAAAUCUUCAUUCAUGUACUCUCUUUCUUAGGUUUGAUACGAAAACUAAUCUCCACACUUUUCUGGUUCAUUGGUUUACCCGAUUUCUUGGAACCCGAACCGGUUACAUCUUCAUGGCCCGACCCACCACCAAACUCCACCACCUCAAGCCACCAUGACUCUCACUUGUUUUCAGCAGCGCUGCUAGCUGGACAGAUCUUGCCCGUUGUCAGAUUCUCGGAUCUAAACCGACCCGAAUCCGAAUGUUGUGCAGUGUGUCUCUACGACUUCGAGAACGACGAUGAGAUCCGACGGCUGACGAAUUGCAGGCAUAUUUUCCAUAAAGAAUGCUUGGACCGUUGGAUUAUGGAUUAUAGUCAGAUGACGUGUCCGCUUUGUCGUACCCAGUUUGUACCUGAUGAGCUUCAAACGGACUUUAGUCAAAAGCUUUGGUCGGAAUCUAGUGAAGACGUUUCUGAACUUCUUGCUCAAUCAUCUUAGGACAUAGUUCUUUUUCCUCUCGCUUGACAGGGUAACAUGAAAGGUUAUUUUCUUUGUUAAUACUUUUUUGUUAGUAGUAUUGUGUUUGGUAGCUGAUGGAUGUAAAUUAAAAAUAGAAAGUGGUUACAGGCUAGUGAAAGAGGAAGAAGAAAACUUGUAUCAUCUAUUCAGAAAAGGAAACUAAAGUUUGAGUUAUUA